UGGUCCUUCUAUGUAAUCCAGAAAUGAAGCUAGUUUUCAACACGUUUCCUCCUGACAUGUAUAAAGUUAAACACUUGUCUUGGAAAAUGAAGUCUCUAUUUUCACGGAAUGUGGCAUAAUAUUAAGAAAUAUAUUCAUGAGACUCAUAAAAAAUUCCUGAAGUUAAUAGAAAGGAAGCUUACUUAGAUGGGCAGCAUAUAAAAUGUUCGUAAAAUGUUAUCUUUAAUUUUAUUAUAGUGAAAGUUGCUUCUACAACUGGUCUUAGAAACCAGUGACAUCCUGGAAAUCAAAUCUGCAGAUGAUAGGAAAAUCCGAGGAAUACCACAUACCGUGGAAGCUAGCAUCAAGACUUAGAUCUGCACUGGCUACAACGCUGAGCCAAAUCUGGGGCAAUAAAACGAAAUGAGAAUAAAUGAAAAGUUGCAUCCUCCAGUCAGUCAAAAGAAAAAAAAAAAGUGCAUUGGGAAGAACCUGGAAGAACCACACAUUAAAGAUUCUAGAAUUCAUUCAAUUAUUAACAGUAUGAGUUAGUGAGAUGAUGUCACUGCCCCAAGGAUCUGAGAGGACCUUAGAUUCAGUUUGUAGGAAGAACAUUUCCAGAGCAGAGAGGAUGACGGUUUCUCCUGCUGUAGGUUGAGCAUCCCCACGGCCAUGCUGAGAUAUCGCAGGAUCCUGUGACAGGUGUAGUCUAACCGGACCAGAGACAAUAUGUGUUGGGAGUAGGGCACCUACAACUGUAAAAGGCUAAUAAGGAGCACCCUGCAGGGAUGAGAAUGUUUGACUGGGAGAAAAUAAGAUAUAGUGAAAUAUAGCAGAGGACUGAAAACCGUCUUCAAUAUUGGCAGGCCGCCAUGGGGAGCACGGAGGAGAAGCACACGACAGAACAAGGGGAAAAGAGUAGCUGACACAAGUGCCAUCAAGCAGGGAACAAGCCAAAAGGGCAGACAGUAGGUGAGAAGACACCAUGGAAUGUCCACCAACCAGAUAAGCAUCGCUGGAUCAUUGAGAAGUGUCUGAAUGUAGGCUGCAGAAGUCCUGAAGGUUGAUGGAGGGCCAUGCUAUUCAAACAGCAGGCGUGGCUGAGACAGAAGCUCCUGGUGCUGGGAAGCCUUGCCGUUGGGAGUCUCCUGUAUCUAGUCGCCAGAGUUGGGAGCUUGGAUAGGGUACAACCCAUUUGCCCCAUCGAAGGACGAUUCGGAGCCCGCAGCCAGGCCGAAUUCCCUCUCCGCGCCCUGCAGUUUAAGCGGGGCCUGCUGCACGAGUUCCGGAAGGGCAAUACUUCCAAGGAGCAAGUUCGCCUUCAUGACCUGGUCCAGCAGCUCCCCAAGGCCAUUAUCAUUGGGGUGAGGAAAGGAGGCACAAGGGCCCUGCUUGAGAUGCUGAACCUCCAUCCAGCGGUGGUCAAAGCCUCUCAAGAAAUCCACUUCUUUGACAAUGAUGAGAAUUAUGCCAAGGGAAUUGAGUGGUAUAGGAAAAAGAUGCCUUUUUCCUACCCGCAGCAAAUCACAAUUGAAAAGAGCCCAGCAUAUUUUAUCACGGAGGAGGUUCCGGAAAGGAUUUACAAAAUGAACUCAUCCAUCAAGUUGUUGAUCAUUGUCAGGGAGCCAACCACAAGAGCUAUUUCUGACUACACUCAGGUGCUAGAGGGGAAGGAGAGGAAGAAUAAAACUUACUACAAGUUUGAGAAGCUGGCAAUAGACCCAAAUACCUGCGAAGUGAACACGAAAUACAAGGCGGUAAGAACCAGCAUCUACACCAAACAUCUGGAAAGGUGGUUAAAAUACUUUCCGAUUGAGCAAUUUCACAUUGUGGACGGAGAUCGCCUCAUCACGGAACCUCUGCCAGAACUUCAGCUUGUGGAGAAGUUCCUAAAUCUUCCCCCGAGGAUAAGUCAAUACAAUUUAUAUUUCAAUGCUACCAGAGGGUUUUACUGCUUGCGAUUUAACAUUAUCUUUAAUAAGUGCCUGGCGGGCAGCAAGGGACGCAUUCAUCCAGAGGUGGACCCCUCUGUCAUUACCAAAUUGCGCAAAUUUUUUCACCCUUUCAAUCAAAAAUUUUACCAGAUCACUGGGAGGACAUUGAACUGGCCCUAAAAUAAUAAGUCAUAUAACACUAUGUGUUGUGGCUGGAGACUCACAAUGUCUCCCCUAGAUUAAAAAUAUGCACUUUUCUUAGACACAGCUAUCCGAGGCAUUUUUCCAUGUAUACUUGUACAUACGCAGUGUGUGACCAAAUAUAAGAUCAAUUCUUUUUCUAUUGAAAAUUGACAAAAAACAAACAAACAAACAAACAAAACAACAGUUUGCCGUCUGAGUAGUUGCAUCUUUUAAGCUAUUGACGAAAAGAAAAGAUGGUGGUAUUGGGGGAAAGUGACUUCAGCUAUCCUCAAAGAGUUAGUCUUCCUUUGAGUCAGAAUUUGCCGCCCGCCAUUUUCAUAGAUUUAAGCCAAAAGAUUAUGUGUGAAAACGCACCAAUGGCUGUGAAGCUUCAGGAGGUACUCAGUUAUGCAUUCUUUUCUAAGGGAAAGCUGGCCCUUUAAUUCAGAGACUGAAUUGGUGCCGUGAAAACAGAAAAUACUAUUUUCUUAUUAUUUCAAAGAAUGUCUUGUCUCCUAAACUUGACACUGUUCCAAAGUUCCUGUGGUGAUUUUGCACUAUUGUUUUCUCGUAGAGACCAUGGUGUCUGUCACACGUGGCAUGUCAAUCACACAUUUGAAAGUUAAGUCCUUUCACUUCCGUGUCCUACGUCCACAAAGAGAAAUGUCAUGUACAUACUGUAUAUGGUUGUAAAUACUGGUUUCACACUAAGUAAUUCUAUUUUGUAAACUGAAUAUGGCUAUUUAAUUUAUUGUGAAAAUUAAAUUUAUUGUGGUAUUUAAAAAUGGAAUGGAUUAAAAUUACUCUAUGUGCAA